UAACCGUACCAUAUAUUUACUCGUGGCUCCAACUUUUGAUUUCAAAACCCUAACAUUUUACAGUGCUCUCGACCCUGCGCUUCGUCGUCCACAGAUCGAAUUCGAGGGAAAAAUGAGUGGCCGUGCCAGCAGAACAGUGUAUGUCGGCAAUCUCCCGGGUGAUAUUCGUGAAAAGGAAGUGGAAGAUUUAUUUUAUAAGUAUGGCCGCAUAGCUCACAUUGAUCUCAAGGUUCCACCAAGGCCUCCAGGUUAUGCAUUUGUUGAGUUUGAAGAUGCGGAAGAUGCUCAAGAUGCCAUUCGUGGUCGUGAUGGCUAUGAUUUUGAUGGUCAUAGGUUGCGUGUGGAGCUUGCUCAUGGUGGUCGUGGUCAUUCAUCUUCCAGUGAUCGUCAUAGUAGUUAUGGAGGCAGCCGAGGUGGCCGUGGAGUAUCUCGGCGCUCUGAUUAUCGUGUAUUAGUCACAGGAUUACCCUCUUCUGCUUCAUGGCAAGACUUAAAGGAUCACAUGCGGCGAGCUGGGGAUGUUUGUUUCUCCCAAGUGUUCCGUGAUGGUAGUGGAACCACAGGGAUUGUGGAUUACACCAACCUUGAUGACAUGAAGUAUGCAAUUAAAAAACUUGAUGACUCUGAGUUUCGCAAUGCAUUUUCUCGGGCAUAUGUUCGUGUGAGAGAAUAUGAUUCAAAGAAGGAUCGCUCCAGGAGUCCUAGCCGUGGGCGGUCAUAUUCUAGAGAGAGGACUUGUAGUCGCAGUCGCAGUCGCAGUAGAGGCCGAAGUAGGAGCAAGAGCCACAGUAGGAGCAAGAGCCGUAGUAGGAGCAAGAGCCGCAGUAGGAGCAGCAAGUCCCCAAAAGCUAAAUCUUCCCAGCGGUCACCUGUUAAAUCUCGAUCAAGGUCUGUUUCCCCUGCUCGCUCUCGGUCAAAGUCACCAUCUCUUUCUGGGCAGAAUGUUAGACUGGGUGAAAUAAACAACAUAAAAGUAUUGAAAGUGAACUAAUUCUUUUGUAUUGCUCAAGAACGGGUCAGCAAGUGUUUGAAAAUUUAGCAACGGAUUUGAAAUUACCUUACCGGAUGCUAUAUGUUUGCAUGUGGUAUUGUGGUUUGCACAAUUCGCUUGGAUGAGAAAACCACCCUUUUCUUCCAUAGUCUUGGAUCAUUCUGAGAAUGGUGGAGAUGAAUACUUAACAGACUUCAAAAUAGUCUGGGCAAUGUGUGGGACCCCCUCUAUUGGAAUGUUGGGUAAACCUUUCCUUAUUGACUCAAUUUAGUUAUUACUAUUUUACAUCAGAUUCUGCGUUCAUUUUAAUUACUUGGAAUUAUUUUGUUCAACAACUGGGGUAGCCAAGAAAUGAAUAGAUUUCUUUCAUUCAUUGUCCUUUUUUGUGUGUGAAAAUUACUUGUUUGUUUUUUUAGAUAUGGAAAUAUGCGGCAUACUGGGGAUUGGAUAUUAGUAUCCUGAUGGGAUUUGAUUCAUUUGCCUUCAAUGCUUUUGGUUGAGAAGGUAUGCUGUUUUUUAGAUGGGCAGCUUUGAAAACCAUCUGGUACCCCCUGUUCUAAUGCUUUUAGCAAUGCAAUGUCCAUGGGUGCUAGAUUUGGAUCAAAGGAGAUCAUGGAUUGCAAUAAUAGAGCUGGAUAUCUUGGACUAAGUGCUAUUUGGACUUGGAACUCAUCAUCACUUUCAUUUACAUUUUCUGCUGCAAGAUUUGCAAAGCU